CUCUUUUAUUCAAAAUUACGGGAUAUUUCCAGGACCACAUGAAAUCCUACUCUACACAAACUCUCCCCAAAACACCUAAACAUCCCUUAGAAUUUCUCCUCCAAAGCAUCCAUUUGAGUGGCUUAAAUUGUUUCAAAAUCAACCAAUCCUCAUCCAAAAGUACUUCCAUAAAAAUCUGCAAAAACAGUAUUUCCCUCUUUCCCAGUCUGCCCCUAAGCAUACCUCCAGCUCCCCAAAGUCUCAACUCCUACCACCUAAACCAUUCACCGAGUUAUAGCUUUAAAUGCUUCAGGGCUCACUUCUCAGUUCGUUUUCUUUCAUUCACAGAUUCUUAAGAUCUAGAACAGAAGGAGGGAAUGUAGGCAGACUUCUUUUGGAGAAUGAGCUGAGGUCUUGGCUUUGCGAGGGUUACUUGAGGUGGGAGGAAGAGAGAUAGUACUGGCCUCUAACAUAACCAAACCCACGAUUCUUACUCUCCACCUUCCAAUUUUCCACCUCAAAACCCCCUCUCUCCCUCAAAACCCCAAAUUCCCUCUCCUCACCCCAAAACCCUUACUCCAUCUCCCUAACCUCCAUCCUCUCCCUAUCCCCACCCCUUCACCAUUCAGAUCCUUCUUGCUCAGAAGAAAUAUCUCCCCAAGUCUAAGAAAUGCACCAUUUUUUAGAUUUUAGCCUAAAUUUUAUAUAGAAAUUAGGAGGGUUUUGGGCUGGUGAACGGGCAGGAGGGGUAAUGGGAGGGGAGGAAUUUGGGUGGGGAUUUAGGAGGGGUAGGGAUAGGAAGGGGUGAGAGGGGAAGAGAGGGGAAGAGGGGGAGAGGGAGAGAAAAAUGAGGAGAUGGGUGUUUUGGUGAAGAGGGUUAGUUGGCCCUGGAAUGGAAGGAGAGAUUGGGGGAGAUAUAUAUAUGAGAUUAUUGUUGUUGUAAGGAGCUGGGGAAGCCUGAAUUUUUCAUUUAUGGCUAUUUUCUCAAUUUUUAUUGUUUUUAGCUUUCUUUCAAAUUAACAUGGGCUAUCAAAAUCAUUAUUAUUCAUAAAUAUGAACAUGCUUAUUUUAUCUAAAUCAGGACUUGCUGACGAAACUUAAUCAAAAUAGUCCAGUUGCUUUAUGUAAUAAAUUUAGAUACUAAAAAUAAUCAUAUUUAAUAUGACUGUCAUCCAUUUUAACACUUUUUGUUUUAAUCAGCAAAAAUUGGAUGUCUUACCUAAGUUGUUUAUUUUCAGAUGAAGGUCUGGCAGCUAAAUCAUAUUUUAUUUCCUCACUCACUUUUCCACAAGUUUUGAAUCGUUAAGAUUCUAAGCACAUGAAAACAUUAAAGAGGCAAUCAUUAAAUUCACUUCUCUAUCCCUCACUAUAUCAUAAGAUAAGGUCACCAUACCUCCUUCUUCUACAGCACAAAUAAAUCAAUCAGCUAGUUAUUAAAAAUUUCCGCACAACUCUUCACCAAUAAACUCUAACCCCUUCAAGAACACUCCAAUCUUAUGUUUAAACUAAAAUUCUCUUCCAAAACCGGCAGCUCAAGCUAUACCAAAAAUUCACCGAAAUUCAGACUUGGAGAGCAGACUCCUUAACCUAGCCAUUUAGCCUAAUCUAUAGCAACUUCUCCACAGUACAGCUCACCAAAGCUCUGGUCAUGGACCCAAGCAUGACUGAGGACUUAUUCUAAUGGUGACCCGUGUAGAUGGCUGAAUGGCUACAUAGGAGUGAAGAGAAAUUUUAGGAUUUUAAGAAGAGAAAUUUUGGAGAAGUUUAUUGCAGAAUUCCUGAAAUAUGCUCAUGAGAGGCAAAGAGCAAGUAAGUG